CUGUCAUUCUAGCACUUUGGGAGGCUGAGGUAUGGAGAAAUUGGGGCAGAUCAUUUCCUUAGGCCACCUCAUCUACAAACAGUGUCAAGAGAUGAAAUACUGCCAGAGACAGUGUCAACGUCUAGGGAAACGUGUGAAGGGCCUGCUGCCGUCUCUGCAGACGCUGCAGGACCAAGGAAGGAGGAACCUGCCCUCUAAGAAGAUAGCCAACGCCCUGGACCGUUUGGAGGCUGUCCUGGAGGAGGCUAAGAGGCAGAUAGAGAAGUUCAAAAAUAAGUCCAAUGUGUUGAGUUUCCUAACAGCAGGCCAAAACAAAAUACUCUUCAGUGAAGUGAAUGAGGAGCUGAGCCAUGUCUGUGAGGAGCUCUCACUGCUGCUUCAGGCUGAUCAAUGGGUGUCCGUUUCAAGCCCCUGGUCAGAGCAAGAUCAGCGGGACGCAGAGGCAGACAGGCGAGAUUUCCAAAGGAGACAUGAAUUGAAGGAAUUGAGGGAGGUGAAAAGGAGCCUAGAAGGAUUAACAGAAAGCAUUAACCAAUUAAGGUCAGAUUUACGACCUUACUUACCCUUGCCCAAGAUCCCAGGAUAUCCAAUCAAGGAGAUUAAGAAAGAGGAGCUUUCAGGCGCCCCAUGGAUCCCGAUCAAGAGAAGUGAAUUCAGCACACUUUAUAAAGGAGAAUAUCGCAAAUCUCAAGUGUCCAUAGAAGUAUUCAACAAUACCCAGGUCGGAAGCAUUGGACUAGUGAGGAGUUAUUUCAAGGAUGAGAUUGAAACCAUGAAGAAAUUUACUUCUCCCAAUGUCCUGCACAUAUUUGGGAUUUGCAUUGAUGAAACAAUGGCUCCUCCUCAAUUCUCCCUCGUCAUGGAGUACUGUGAACUUGGGACCCUGAGGGAACUGUUGGAUGAAGAAAAGAACCUUGAGUUCGCUGUGCGUAUCUUGCUAGUCCAGGAGGCAGCCAUGGGCUUAUACAGCCUACACCAUUCGGAGGUUCCUAAACUCCAUGAAAACAUCACCAGCGAGAACUUCCUGGUAACUGGACGCUACCAAGUGAAACUUGCAGGAUUUGCAUUCACGAAAACAAAGACUUCUAUCAGUCAGAAAACUAAGAGAAAAGAGCGAAAGAGAGUCAAUUCAGAGGCAUAUUUCUCACCUCAGAGGCUAGAAAAUCUUUUUUGUAAAUACGAUGUACAAGUUGAAAUAUACAGCUUUGGAAUCGUCCUCUGGGAAAUCGUCACUGGAAAGAUUCCAUUUGAAGGACAUGAUUUUAAGAAGAUCCGCCAGUUAGUGGUUGAGGACCGGAAGCAGGAGCCAUUGGGUGAAGACUGCCCUCUAGUGCUGCAGGAGAUCAUUGACAAGUGCAGGGCCUAUGAGCCUUCUGAGCGGCCCUCCAUGGAUGAAAUCCUAAAGAAACUGUCUACCAUUACUGGAGAGUAUCAAAACCAAACCCCAGGCUCAGCACCUGUAGCUCAGCGGCUAGGGCAAGCCAACGAGAGCACCGCUGUUUCAGCGCACGGGGACCUAUGGAAGAAGAAGUGA